CUGCAUCUCGGAGCGGUUGCGCUGCGACGGCGUCAAGAACUGCGGCCCGCUGGACAAUAGCGAUGAAAUGCACUGCAUCAUCAUAGUGCCCGAGGAGGAUCACGGCGCCUUAAUAAUAUCCUGCAUAGCCGCCGCCUCGUUCCUAACCUGUCUCCUCUGCACUCUCUGUCAUCGAAAAAGAAAACGCAGACAUCACAGACAGCUGGGGCUGCAUAGGAACGCCGCCCACUACGACUCGACGACCAGUGCAACCGGUAUAAGCCUUGGAUCGAGCCGUCGCCAUCUGCAGGGCGGUGGCAGCCUGUCCGGCAGCCUGCACGGCAUCAACAACGGGGAGCCGAUGCACAUACCGCCGGCACCCCUGCCGCCCGUCAGCGUGCCGCCGCACGUCUGCAUCAACGACACGCUGAUCGACACGGACGACCUGAACGACGACCUGUUCAUGAGCAACUGCGAGCGCUUCUCGAGCGGCGACAGCGUAUAGCAAUGAGUGCCAUCAACGGGCCCGGUGCGGCCGGGCUCGCGGGCAAUGAUGCUGGCGGCGGGCGACACCGCCCGCAAGCCCGUACCGCGCCACUGCCGGUGCGCGUGCAGCUUCUGCCAGCACUUUCUGGAGGCGCAAAACUGCUGCUCGCUCUACUACCACUACCCGUGCGACUCCUGCUAUCUGCUGCUGACGCUGCUGUGCGUGCCGGGCCGGGUCGAGAUGCAGCACAGCCCGGUGUACGGGCCCGCCGUCGGUGGCCGGUAGAGCUCUGGGGCGUAGGCGACAACAACAACAACAACAACGACGACGACGGAGAGGCGACGGGGGCAUGCAGUAACAGUAGAUAAAUAAAAUAUUUUAAAUUGCGAACGGACGGGCAGGUCUCUUUCUCUACACCCCUUCCCCCUAGUUUUUCUCCCCUACAUUCGGUCCCAACUCCACCCGCUACAGCCCCCCAUGCGUAGGGGAUCGUAAAAACAAAGGAAGAUUUCAUAACACUUAAAUUAAGCAACAGCAGCCGUGUACGAUGCAAUCGAGAACGCUAGCAAGCAGGCAAGCAAAGACGGACAAGGAUCGAACCCCGCAGGCAGCCGCACCCCAAUACAGGUUGAUUUUUCGAUGGGCUGGGCUGGGAGCUAGGUUUUUCAUAGCCACUGCAAUACUAGGACGAAGGCACACAGACGAUGUGACACAGAGAGAGAGAGAGGGAGACGGAGAACGAGUAUAUAAUGUAAUAAAAUUGAAGAAAAAGGAAACUAGACGCAAUACACUAGCCAGCACCUUGGACAGACCCGGCUGGACGGACAGACGUGUAAGGUGUGCCGGUAUUGUGGCCUCAAACGUUGUGGGUCCCUCACUCCCCUCACACACACACCCCCACACCACAGGAGCCACACGCGCACACGCGGGGGUUUUGCAGUGAGAGGUGCAGUGCGCGCACAAGCUGCCAUGGCAAGGGGAGUUUUAUUUGUAGGUUCAUUUUAUACGAAAGCAAAUACCGGUAACUAACGAGACGAGAGGUAAAUAAUAAUCACAGUAAAGCAAACAAACAAGAAGAGGAAGAAGAAGAAAACAAACCUUUUUAACAAUAUUUCAAUCUAGCAAAGCCAAACCAAGAGAGACAGACACACACAAAGAAAAGUGAAAAAAAAAACAGCUAAAGAAAUGAAGGCGAAGCAAGGCUCCCAAACCAGAGGGGAGGGCCGAGUCAAGACAUAAGCAACAGUAUAACAGUAUGUGUAUGUGAAGAUAAACUAAUAAACGUACUAAUAAACUGCACCUCGGGUAAUGAAACGAGGAGAAUAAAGAGUAAAAGACAAACAAAUAGGAAAUAUCUAAUACAAUUUACCGAGGAAAGCCGGGGCGCCGGGCUCCGCGAUGGACGGGGGAGGAAAGUGCAGGUCAUAGUAGAACAAACCCACACAUACAUGUAGAAACAUGAUACACACACACAAACAGACACACACACAUACACACAAACACAUACAUGCAAUAUAAGCUAACUAAAUGCAAAGAAAAUCAAUCAUCUAUUCAUGGCAAUUCAUACCUUAAAAUACGAUCCAAACUCAUACCGGUACCCCGCGGGCGCUCACCACUAUGUAUCCACUACUAUUUCGUACUCGAACCUUCGAAAUGACGCUCAGAACGCUUCAGCCACACGUUACACAGACACCGCACAACAACACACCUUCCCAACCACAAAAGCUAACGCUCAAAACAACUGCAACAUGAACAUGAAGCGUAUAAACAAAGGCAUACCAUUAUUAACAAAGUACAUACUGAAAGCAUGCUAGACAAGAAUAAAUUAACGCCCCAAAAAACACACACACACCAGCACACACGAUAUCCCAGCAUAGUAGGAAAACCGGGGGGGAGUGCGCGAGCAAAGCGAAAAAGAACACAAAAAAAAAAUACAAUGGAACGUAACAAGUAAACAAUUUGUAACAUAAAAUAAUGACUAAAAUCCAAAAAAAUGAGGAAAAUGUUGUUUUUAUAUAUUUGUACGAAAUAGUUAUUAGCAAUUAAAGGAAAUAAAAAAAAAAUUAAUAUGGAAAAGGUACGAAAAUUUAACAAAAAACAUGACACAUGAAACAAACCCGAACAGGCAGGCGAAUAUGGUGAAAAAAGAAAAUAGGAAAAUAGGAGGUAGCGAAGGAGAGCGAACUAUCGAGUUAAAACGAUGCUCGUUUUUGCAGCCGCGUGACAGCCGUGCGCGAGAAUGAUAGAGCGAUAAGCGAGUAAGCGGGCAGGGGCAGGGAAAAUAGGAAGGGCUCCGAACAGGCUCCGAACAGGCGAACAGGGCCAGUCAAAACGCGAGGCAACACGUAAAAUAACUAACUAACAAUGAACAGAUUUUACUCCGUACAACUAUCGAACAGGCAAAUAAUAUUAGCAAAAACUUAACAACCAACAAUAACCCCAAUGCUGUCGCCGCUCGGUUCCCCCCCCCCCCCCCCGGGAACUGGGGCUCGGGUGCGGGUGAGAAAAACGAAACCAAAAAAAAAAAAAAAAGAAAAUGGCGGAAAGUAUGCACACCUAAUGGAGUGGCGCGUGUGCGAGUGUGUCUUAUGUGUUUCUGAAGUAACUCCGAACCGAACGUCAACCACUGGCUGCGAUCGAGCUCGAGCUGGGAAAGGGUGGAAAGGUUUGGAAUGGAUCAUUGCGCUAGAUCAGAGGUUUGCACCAUGUGUUAGGAAUCGUUCAUUGUUGCCUAUUUGUAUAAGUUUGUUUGCUAGAAGUCCUCUUCGAAAUAGUCCCCGACUUGCCCCCGGGGCUCACCAAUCGCCAAAUUUUCGUGCAAUCGAACUGGUGAGCUCUGAGUGGUGAGUGUUCUUUGGAAAGUGUGUAUAGUUUCAGCAUGCAGUUUCGUGACACCUCUUACCGUAACGGUGGCUAUGUGUUUAUUAUCGGUUUGGCCAGCCAUCGCUGCACUGUGUCACUGUGGCUGGUAAUAAAAUCGCCAACAAAACAAAGCAAUCGUACCCGGUGGAGAACAACCGAGGGUAGUAGGAACUCUUUACUCUGAUUUUACGCUUUCCUGUGGUAUGGUCACAGACACACAUACAUCUACCAUCUCGAUAGAGCCGUUGGCAAAAUUAAACGAAUUAAGCGCACGCGUAACGAUGUGAAGGUGGUAAUAAACUUUAACAUUAAUCUAAAUUAAAGUAACAGUACACACGAAAUACCAAAAUGCAAAGAAACUUUAUUAAACAAAAGAAAACAAAAAAGAAAAACCUCCUACCCCCGUUCUAAUGCAAUCACACAACCUGUUGACAAUUACAAGAGGAAGAACGAAGAAGAGCGGAAAUGUUAAUAUGAACGUUGUGUGCAUACUUGGAGGCGAGAGGGAAAGCGAGGAGAGCACGAGUAUGUGUGUAAACGAGAGGAAACAGGAAACAAAAAAAAGGUGAACAAGCAGCAAACACCCGUAAUCAUAAACGAUUAACCAUGUAUUCAAUGUGUGUGUAAAGUAACGUUAAAAUAAACAAGAAACAAAGCAAGCAAGCAAACAAACAAACAAACAAACAAACAAAACAAAAACAUUUUAACAGAAAACGUGAACUGCAGAAGAAGAAGCAGUAGCAGAGGCAGAGAAAACAAAAAUGUAGCAGAAAAUGGAGAACAAAGCGAAACGAUGCCAGCAACAGUAUGGUUAACGACAUAAUUAAACAAAUUAGGCAAAGCAAACACAGACACACACACACACAAGAAAUAAACUCAAGCAUUCCUUACACGAAACAGACACAUUAACGGAAAUUGACACAAUCACACACACACACACACAAACGUAAAAAAGCAAACAAUUAAUCGUAAAUCAAGAAUGUAUGCGUCCACUUAUUAAACGAAUUAACCGGGGAAGGAAAACAAAAGAAGAAAAAAAAAGAACAAGGCCAACAAAUCGACACACAAAACAAAACCAAACUGGAUAAGCAAGAGAGAGAGAGAGAGAGAGAGAGAGACAGAGAGAGGGACAAACUCGCUAAAAUAAGUGGAAAACCGUCUAAAAUAACACAAAACACAGUUGCGAAGCAUAUAAAAUACAGCAAGGAAAGCUAGAAGGUCAAAGGUCAAACGAACGAGCAUAAGCGGGACGGGGGUGUUGAAAAAGUGAAAUAGAACAGGCGCUCAAAGCAUCUAUUGCAGGAGGAUGGAAGCACACUAUACAGGUGAUACGGAGAAAGGAGGAAGGAGAUACAGAGGCAAAUGUAUACAAAGGAAGCCCAGCAAGUUGCAGGUCGCUAAUAUCUCCUAAUAUUUAGUUCAAUUAAUAAACGAUUUUCUCUCAUUUCUUCAUUUCCUCAGAAGAAAAGGAAGAAAAAGGGAUACGUGACUCCCCCGGCCAGAUAGGACAGACAAACAUCACUCACUCACUACUCAUUAUAGGAACAAACAAAAGCCAUACCGUCUCAGUUUGAUUGUACAUUCGAUUCGUUUGUCUACAGACUGUUUGUUGGACUGCCCGCAAUUGGGGCCCAGCAAAGCAAUGGAGUGUGCGAAAGCGGGAAAACAGCUCAAACGGAGGAAGGAAAAAUCAGCUGAAUGUGCUGUGUGAGUUUGAAAAGGGCGAUGGAAAAUUGGUUUCAUGUUACUAGCAAUGUGUGCUCUGCAAUAUGCCAAUAUCAACCAAGUAUGAUUAAUGGAAACAUGCGCGAUCACCGUGGUGUAAUAGCGUGGGUAGUAAAACCGCGAAUGUAGUAGCCUUUUGCCUCCCGAACAUUCACAAAUACACAUACACAGAGACACAGAUAAGCAUAAUUAUACGUACUUACACAUACUGACGGUGAAAGUGGAGCUACACAGCUAGCCGUAGCAUGUGUAAGUCCGUGAUUAAGUGUUGAAUCUUGUAUCGACUAAAUCCCUUUUUUCAGUACAACUAACUGUCCACUGUAAAGUGUUUGUCUAUUUGAUCAUAUAGAAAACAGUCUUACAACUACAUUAAAUUGUUUGAACUAUCGAAUUUUAGUUACAAACACACACACACAUACAAACACAUUCCCUUCAUCGACUCGGGUUUUCUUUGAAGGUGACGUUUGGGCGUGAAGUGAUGAUACGCGCGGGAAGCUAGGACGAAGCAGAGAACAAAAAGGGGGAAAAGAAAAUCACUGCCUAUAACAAGUAAACACAUAUUUAAAAUUUUAUCUAACAAAAAAAAACAAACCAAGAAAAAGAAACCCAAAACUAAGCGAAGGAAAUGAAAUAUACAUACAACAAAUACCAUUCACGCCAUAGGGCCAAUAUAGAUCGAGCGAGCAGCAUAGCAUUGGGUGCUUGGGAGAAGCAAGCGGCAAUAGCGGCAACAUCAGUGGACAUCUCCGUACAUCGUUAGGACGUCGCGUUGCGUGAUCAUGCAUGAACUGAGGCAAACGUCGCCUUGAAGUACUUCCCCCUAGUCCUCCCAACUCCCCGUUUGUUGCUACUUAUUCUAUCCCGUCGAAAAAGACACGCGACAGGUGCGAUUUCAUUUCCGCUAGAAACCUUUCAUUUCGUCCUCCAUGCUACCGUACACUCACUCAUAGAUAACUGCAAAGCAGCUACAGCAAAACAAAACGCGCAAACUAAAAACAAUGACAAUCGGUUGUUUCAACUUUCACGGCAUGUCUCCAACUAACUUGCAAGACGACGCAAGAUGAGCUGAGCAACUCAAGACGGUAAAGGUUGUCAUAUAAAUGUUUAUCUUAUUUGAAGCACUCUCUAGCCACCAUCUAUUGCAAUAAUCAACUGGUACUGCGUAAGCAUCGCGUCAAUCAUCUAACGAAAAAGAGAAGGUGUGUGUGUGUGAGGGAGAGAGAGAGUCAAACGCAUCCUAAAAAAUCACACGUACACACCGCGUGUUAAGCAUACGGAUUUAACGAGCGCAGCAGCAAAACACAAACAAAAAAGGACACUAAAAUAGCUUCGUGCACAUUUAUAAAUGCCACUAACUUACUGACCACAUUUCCCUCGAAGACAGGCAAGCAGAGCGCGCGGCAGACGGAGGCUACACUUAUCUAUAAUAAAAGCAUACUAAUAACAACAGAACAACACAGAGCAAGCAAGCAAGCAAGUAAAAAACAAACAAGCAAAACAGCGAAAGGUCAUGCAUCAAAUCCGAAGAAAAGUUUAAACAAUCCACGUGUCGACGAGCACACGUGUCAAACAAGCAAUCCAAAGUACGGUUUGCGCGGGAAAAGAGAGCGAGCAAGUGAUCGAUUGAUCAAGAGAGCAAGAGAGCAAGGGAGACAGAUAGAGAGGACGACCGAAAGAGAGAGUAAGAGCGAGAAUGUAUGCGUGUGUGUGGAUGUGGUUGUACGAGCGAGGAAAUGCAAGCAUGAAGAAAUAUUGAAAACAAUUAAGAAAAAAAAGUAAUUCCUAAUGUUGUUUGUUAUAAUCAAAAAAUAAACUGUUACAUAAAUUAUAAAAAAAAAUAAUAACAAAAAACGUAAGACCGUAUCUGGACAAAAAAGGAAAAUGUUAAGAGUAUAGAACUCAUUUUGAUAUUAAUAAACGAAGAAGAAGAAGAAGAAGAAGAAGAAGAAGAAGAAAAACAAAAUACAUACGCACGCACACUCUGCGGGUGAGCAAUAGCACGAAGCUCGCCUAACGUGAAGUAGUGCUUGGCGCGUGUGUGUGUGUGUGUGGAGGGCAAGGUCGCGAGCGAUUACGAUUUUGGAUGUACGCGGUAAAACCACUGUCUAGCGGAAGAACACGAUAGUUGUAGCAAAAAAAAGGGUAUUAAGAAACAGUGACGGUGAAAUAUGAUAAAGAGCCAAAACUGGAAUAAACAUUAAACUAACAAAACGGGAGAUAAACAAUUAAAGCAACAAACCGAUAGACACACACACACACACACACAGACAUAGGCAAAGAACACGCACAAAGCGAUAAAACUACACACAUCCACAUACACACAAACACGCAGAGAUCCAAAACCGAAGGCAAGCGAUCAAAACGAAAGAAAGAAAGAACAGAAAUAAACUCAAACAAAAACAUACACACAUACACAAACAAAGGAUGCGACACAACAAAUGCAAAGGAAACAGGAGUAACAGGAGAAGCAAACAAACAAGCAGUGCUAGGAAAGCAAAAGAAAGCUGUAAUUUUAAGAAUCAAUAACGUGAGUUAACGAAAAAUAUAAGAUAAUGAUUUAAAGAAGAUAGUGUUUUUUCGACAAA